AUGGCUUCCGACGAGAGAUCCCCUCUUCUUUCAUCCGAGAACCAUCAGCAAGUGGACUCAAAUGCAACCGAAUCAACCCCUCUCCUUGGUGGGCAGCAAGAAACUUCCGGAGAUGGACAGCAAACCGAGCCCUCCACGACAUCUCCAAACAAGAAGGCUGCUUCGAGCUCCAAGCAGUCGCUCCGAUGGCCAAGCAUCAUCGCCUCGAUCAUCCUAGCCAUCCUGGUGGUGGCAGUCCUGAUCGGUGGGUUCGUCGUGCCUGGUGCCGUCCAGCAGUAUGCCGAGCAAGCUGCAGUCGUAGAGCCUACAAGCCUCUCCGUGGAGUCCAUCACCUCUGACGGUGUCAGGGCCCGUAUCCAGGCCAAUUUCAGACUUGAUGGUUCCAAAGUAGGCGAUGACAACGCUCGACGUAUCGGCAGGCUUGCCACUGGCGUUAUGCGAAAACUCGAAACAGAGGAGACAACUCUGAGUGUUUUCUUGCCUCACUACAACAACUCGCUGCUUGGAAGGGCGGUUGUGCCCGCUCUUACCAUAGAUAUUGUGGAUGGUCAUACCACGGCGUUGGAUUUUGUGACGGACCUGAGCCCUGGUGAUGCGGAGAAUAUCCGGAAAAUCGCCAACGACUGGCUGACGGGCAAGCUGGAAUGGCUGAAGCUCACUGGCGCUGCCGAUAUCACCGUCAAAUCUGGCUUUAUUCCACUCGGAACACACAGUGUUGCCGAAACCUUGGUUUUUGAAGCUAAUAAGAUUCCGAGUAUUCCCGAGUAUAAGAUUGAGCGUCUCAAUUUCCAUGAUGUCCCUCUAGGCCCUGGCGGCAGGAAGGCAGUUGGUGCCAACGUCUCCAUCGUCGUGCACAACGAUUAUCCUAUUGCCGCAGAUGUACCACCACUUAGUUUCGAUAUUCUCGUGGCGAACUGUGACGUAUCCGAGCCUUAUAUUGAGGUGGCGGAAGCGGCCACAAGUCUCAUCGAGGUGCGGCCAGAUGCCGACGUAACUGCAAACGCCCUGGGUGUCAUCGGUCAGAUUCCCGACUCUCUGGUGCGAAACUGCCCUCGGAGCAACUCGUCUCCCCUGGACAUGUUCAUGAAACACUAUUUGAAUGGCGAAGACGCCGAGGUCUUUGUUCGAGGAAAGACCAUUGUUGAUUCUGAUUUACCUGCCUGGAUAUCGGAUCUCUUGAAGAAUCUGGUCGUGCCGAUUGACCUUCCCGGCCGCUCUUUCGGCAAUAUUAUCCGAAACUUUUCUGCUACGGAUGUUGACUUCAAGUUGCCUAGCCCAUUCGCUGACCCAAAUGAUCCUGAGUCAUCUCCCAAAGUGUCCGGCAAUAUCGAGGUAUUCGCUCUUCUCCCUGAAGAGCUGAGUCUGGAUAUUGCUGUUGACGCUCUUCGGUCUGAUGCCGAUCUUUUCUUCGAAGGGAAGAAACUUGGUGAGCUGAAUUUAAGACAGUGGCAGGAAGCCAAGUCCACCAGGGUCGAGGAUGGUGGCGAUGAACUGCUGAAAGUCACAGCACAAAUCAAAGACGUGCCCCUCAAGAUCACGGACGAUGCCGUGUUCUCGGAUGUUCUUCAAAAGAUGCUUUUCGGCGGAAGGGACAUCAUACUUGAUGUCGAGGCCGCCGUUGACGCCAAAGUGGGCACCGUGCUUGGAAGUUUGACGGUGAAGGGAGUCCCAGCUCAGGGGCAGAUUCCAGUAAAGCGUCUCCCUACAGACACUUUAAACGCCCUGGAACCCCAAGUAGAUGAUCUACGGAUCCUGAAUACAUCCAGCACCGGGGUUUAUAUGCAAGCGAGCGUCAACUUUUCGAAUCCUACACCAUACACAGCCUCCAUCCCCUACUUCUCUGCCCGCAUCUUAAACAACGGCAAAGUCAUCGGAGAAGCUGUGGCGAAGGACAUAUCUUUGAAACUGGGGAACAAUACUGGAAAUAUUAUCCAUGCAACUUGGGAUCCUCUCAGCUUCGGGGGUCCUGAAUCUCAUGAAAACGCUCGACGCCUGCUAUCUGAUUAUCUAUCUGGCGAGAAUACCACAUUGGAAGUGGCAACCCAUAAGGAUAGUUUCCCGGGGUUGCCCGAACUAGGCAUCGCAUUCUCCAAACUCAACUUUACCGUCCCUACCCCACGCUUGAAACUUCCAGGAGAUGAUGACGAAGACGAAGAUGGAGCGUCCCAUCUGGGGUUUAUCCGGGAGGCAACCUUCCAUCUAUUCUCAUCCACAGCCUCAUUCACUCUUGCAUCGCCUCUACAUGCGAACACUGUUCAUUUGGAGCACAUAAACGCUACAGCUUUUUACAAUCACACAGAACCAGUCGGCCAGAUUAUAAACGAUAAACCUUUUCCCAUACCACCCGGUCUUUCCCAAACACCCCGCCUCCCCGUCAAUUGGUCGCCCGAUAGCAUCGGCUAUGACAAACUCAGGGAUGUGGUGGGCGGUCAGCUCAAGCUUGACGCCAUCGCCUACGUGACACUGAGGAUCGGGAAUUGGGUUGAGGAGGUGCGAUACGUCGGCCAUGGUCUUGGUGCCAAGGUUUCCUUAUAG